UAAAUGUGUUAUGUUUAUAGAAUGUGGUGGACUAUUACUGGAAAUUUCGGGAAUAUUUUACCAAUAGAUUGGUCCAAAUCAUUUGCACGUCAAAUGCAUAUGCCCACAUUAAACUUGGGACAGAAACAUCAGGAAGGCAGUUUGGAUGUACAAACGCCUGGGGAUGAUCUCACUAGUGAGGAUGAAGCUAUUGCCAAUGAUCUUGAUAUGCAUGCAUUAAUACUUAAUGGCUUAAAUUCUGAUCAUGAUGAGCCAAUUAAAUCUGUAGAGGAAGUAAUAAAGGAAAUUGAUGAUAUUAUGGAUGAAGCUGAUAGUACAGAAGAGCAAGCGGAGAGAUGUGAAUCUGAGGUGAUAGAAAAAGCAAAAGAAGUUUUAGGUGCGCCACUCUAUGCUGAGAAACUUCAGUAUUUAAAUACGACACAACUGAACGAGUUGUACAUGGAAAUGGAAGUUCUCAUACAGGAAUUAAGUGAAACAUUGAUUAAUGAAUUAGCUUUGCGUGAUGAACUUGAAUUUGAAAAAGAACUUAAGAAUUCAUUCAUUUCGUUGCUUUUGGCAGUUCAAAAUAAACGAAGGCAAUAUCACGUAGAGAAGAAACGUGGAAAAUUUCAAGGACCGGAUCCGAAAUAUCUUACAACUGUCAUACCAUAUCAUUUGGAGAAUGGUACACCAAACAACCAAUCAUUGCAAGUUUUAAUAAAAAUACUUAAAGCAAUAAAUGAAGACAGCCCCACAGUGCCGACACUACUUACGGACUACAUAUUGAAAAUUCUAUGUCCAACAUAAACAAGCAUGGGCUAAACAACUAGAAGCUAAUUUCAAUUCUUAAGUGAAAUACAAGGAAAAAGUAUUGUAUUUAGUUUUAGUCCAAUAAAAACAUGUAUAACAAAAUAUAUUUUUUUUAAUUUUAAGCA